UAUCAGCAUCCAUCAUUAUCAUGGUGGAAAUGAUGUCUCCUAUUGGAUGAACAUAACACGUUCAGCGAUGGAAAAUGAAACGUAGUACUUUUGAUUCGAUGAAUAGAAAUGUACUUUGAACUGAUGUAAGCAUAUGCUUGGUUUGAAAUAAAAUAAAAUAAUAAAAAGGAAAGAGAGUAGAAAUUUCGUGGGUGACUUUUGAAUUGACUAUAAAGCCAUGAGAAUCAUCCUCAUUCUCAUCUAUCAUCACCUGAACAGCUUCUAAACACUAUCUUCCUCAUUCUCAAUCCCAACACAGCCAUCUAUCAUCACCUGAACUGCUUCUAAACAUUAUCAUCUUCACUUUCACAACUUAUUUUUGCAGGUAAACAGAACUUGACGAGGAAACUCGUCAUUGGUAAUAAAUCGAACUUUCCAUAUUUAUUUUAUCACUUUUUCUUGUAAGUACUUUGUUAUCAUAAUUUACUAACUUAAAUUUAAAUUUCCUGUGUUUGUAGCAUUUGCAGUGAUCAUAGCCAUAUAUUUCUAUAAGCGGAAGUCAUAUGUACAAUCUCGCAGCCUCUCUUCUGAGCUCACUUCAAAGGAUCUUGAAAGUGGAAGUCAACACUUAUCAUUUUAGUUAUAGUGAACUUGAAGAAGCCACAAACAACUUUGAUCCAUCCAAAGUGCUGGGAAAAGGAGCCUUUGGGACGGUGUAUUACGGAAAACUUAAUGAUGGGCGUAGUGUUGCGGUGAAGAAGUUACUUGAGAAAAACAAUUACAAAAGAGUUGAGCAAUUCAAGAAUGAAGUUGAAAUCAUGGCAUCAUUAGUCCAUGAAAAUCUUGUGUCUCUAUAUGGAUGCACUUCACUUCACAGUCCCGAGCUUCUACUUGUCUAUGAGUAUGUUUCUAAUGGAACCGUUGCUGAUCCUCUCCGUGGUAAAGAAGCAAAACAUGGAAAACUUACUUGGCCUAUUAGAAUGAAUAUUGCUGUGGAGACAGCAAAGGCGUUGGAGUAUAUUCAUACAUCUAAAAUCAUUCACAGAGAUAUUAAAACAAAUAAUAUUCUCCUUGACACUCAUUUUCGUGUGAAGGUAGCCGAUUUUGGACUCUCGCGCCUUUUUCAAGUCGAUAAAACUCAUGUUUCAACGGCUCCACGAGGGACUCUGGGUUAUUUGGAUCCUGAAUACCAGCAAUGCUCUCAACUUACCGUUAAAAGUGAUGUGUAUAGCUUUGGUGUUGUGAUGAUUGAGUUGAUAUCGUCUUUGCGUGCCGUUGAUAAUAUAACAAGUGAUGGGCAUGAAUUUGAUUUGGCUUGCAUGGCUCUAACCAAAAUUCAAAACCAAGCAUUGCAUGAAAUUGUGGAUCCUACACUCGGUUUUGAAUCGGAUUCUAAAGUAAAGAACAUGAUCAUUGCCAUGGGCGACUUAGCAUCUCAAUGUUUGCAAAGUUCGAAAAAUUCGAGACCUACCAUGAAUAAAGUGUUGGAAAGUUUAGAGGAGAUUCAAAAAGAUGGUAAGCUUAAAAGCCAACCCGAGGUAAUGGGCAUUUCGAAUUUAUCUGAUGAGGCUUCCACCUCCACUAUCACCUGAGUCGAAUGUUAGGAGCAGUUAUACAACUCCGAAUACUAGUGGAUAAAUCGGUUCGAUUUGAUAUGUUCUUCAUGGUUUUCCACAUACUUUAUUUAUUUAAACUAAUUUCAUAUAUUAAACAUAAAAGAAAGCAGAUCUAGACAUUUAGUGUAGUGGGGACAAAAAAAAUAUAUCGAACUUUCCUUUUAAAAAUAAGAGUAAAAUGUUCAAUGAGAGAUAAAGAGACUAAUGUUAGAAAAAUAUAUGGAUAGUUAUUGUUAUAGCUUAUUAAUUUGACUGUAAAUUUUUUUAUAUAUAUAGAUGUCUAGUUAUGUUUAAAGUCAGUCACUACAUUUCUUUCUAUGUGCAAAUGUAUAUUUGAUCACUAAGUUGGUAGAGAAAAAAGAUGAAUAUAAAAUAAUUUCUAAUGUGAUAGAAAAAGUGAGAUAGAAAAUAAAAUAUAAGAAUGAAAGUUCGUGAAUUUUAUGUGUUGAAUGAAUAGAAAAACGAGCACAAACAAAGAAGAAAAAAUAUUUAAAUAUUAUAUACAAAUAUUUGAAAUAAGUUUUACAAAUGUUUAUUAGGUUUAAAAGCAUUUUACAUCCUUUAUUUUAAAAAAGUACGAUUAGUGGUUCUUUGUGCUCGUUGAACAUAACGCUCGGGCAUUACCCCUUUAUUAUGCUCCUUUGUGUUUCAAUGAAGAUGGAGAACUACAGAUAAGUGUUCGUGGUGCUUGGCGUUCCUUUGAUCGAAGGCGUGGUUUGGUUGUUUGUGAUCCAAAGGAACAAAGCUAUCGAAGAUUUGUUUUGGUGGAAAACAUACAUUGGAUGGAAGAAACUGUGUACCAUGACAGUUUGGUUUUCCCCCAUGAACCCUUAGAUCAAACAAGUUUUCCUUCUUCUUCUUCGGGUUCCUUUAUGCAAAUGAAGCUCAAGUUUUCACACACCAUUUUGAGUUGUUUAGUUUGUAAUGCUACCUCUAGGAAGAUGUUGUUGUAAAUCAUGAUGAUAGAGUUGUUUUCCUUUAAUUUUUGUUUUUUGUUUCAUUUCAAUGUAGACUUGUUUAACCAAAUUCAUGAUUUGUAGAACAAUAUAGGGGACAAGAUGUAAGGAUGGUGUACCUCCCAUGAAUUCUCUAAUGAUUGGUUAAUCCAUUA